AUUCAUAUGGCAUUUGUUAGUAUUACUAAUAUUGUAGUUGAUGAUAAACCACAACCAUUUACAAGUCCAAUUACAAUGGAUAUUUAUUUCGAUGUAAUAAUUGAUAUAGAAGAUGAAAUAGAAUGGACGUAUGAAUCUAUAAUUAUAUUAAUCUUAGACUUCUUUAUAUAGGUUCUCCAAAAGAUGAAGAACAUGAUUAAAUAUUGGAUUAAUUUUCUAUGGGACCUUUGACAAAAGGAACUAAAUAAUUUACUCUUGAAUCAAAUCCACCUGAUUGGAAAAAGAUUCCAUAAGAAGAAUUAUUGGGUAUUACUGCAUUCAUUUUGACUUGUUCUUAUAGACAUAGAGAAUUCUUUAGAGUUGGAUAUUAUGUAUAUAAUACUUACACAUCCCCUGAAAAUAUUGAAAACGAUCCUUAAGAAGUCAUUAUUGAAGAUAUUGCUAGAUAAAUCUUCAAUAAUAAACCUCGUAUAACACGAUUUGAAAUAGAUUGGAAUAACCCAGCAAAUUCUGAAGCUUAAUAAUAGCCAAUUGAAACAAAAGCUUACAUGUUUAAAGAAUAAUAAGAUAAACAAUCUACUGAUGCAACAGAAUAUUAUGAUGCCCCACAUUAAAUUUAAAAUGUAUUUGACUCUUGAUCGUAUUUUAAUUAAAAACUCAUUAACUUUUAAUAAUUUUCAUUAAUCA